UCAACUUUUGUCUUUUGGUAAACAAAAUCGCAACACUACGACUCGCAAGGGAUCUCUUGCCUUUUUCACUCAGAUUUUCUCUGGACAAGAAUUCCUUUCAAAUCCAAUGGACGAGGAAUUCAGUUCAGCAUCGCAGCUAGAGGCUCUCGAGUCGGAGCCGAACAAGGUAGCCGAGUAUUACCGCGCUUUUCACAAAGCCAAAGACCAGGCAGACUACAAUGUCAUCUCCGACUACAAGAAGCACCUGCCGCACUUCGAUUGCGUCCGAAUCGCUGAAGACGGAACAACUUUGGUCUGCAGCUCAAAUUUGAACGGCCGGUUGUGGAAGGGCUCAGUGGUGGUUUACAAAACGCCGGACAACGCAGUUGAGGGUGAUGUCGCCAAGGCCGUCGCUGGCACCGUCACCAGCGCAGGAAUUGCAGACGGAGUCUUUUUGGCUCCUGGAGAAUUUUUUGUAGUUGGUGAAGACAGUGGUGCCGUGACUCUUCUUCGACUGAUGCGACCCAUGGGUGGCCCCAGUCCUCCGACCAUUCUUCACCUGGGCAGCAGCUACACCCACAAUGACUCAGUAACUUCCAUUGCCACCCUUCCGGACAAAAAGAAAAUUGUCACCUCCAGUUAUGAUCUGACCAUCAAAGUGAUCAACACAGACGGUCUGUUGGUCGAGAACGAGUUUUCGCCGGCCCACGGCCACCCUGUCCUCUCAGUGGCCACUCAGACCAAUAGUGAAGUUUUUGCCUCUUGUGCUGACCACAACGAGGUUCUCCUCUGGGACAUUCGGCAAGAAAAACCAGCCCAUUUGGUCUUCAAAACUGAAAUCAAUACAACUUGCUUGAAUUGGCAGCCAGAAAGUCACAUCCUGGCUAUUGGAGAUCAAAUCGGCUCCGUCAUUUUGGCCGACACUAGAAAUCCGAAAACUCAACUUGCAAAAUUCAGCAUUCCAAAUCACAGGCCUCUACACAGACUUCUGUUCAAUCCUCAACUGACUUCAAGUUUGGCUGUUGUGGGUGAUUUUACUGAAGUCUACAUUCUAGACUGCAGCAGCGGUGAUCUCAAACAAACCUCCACGUUCACAUCUCAUGCUGACUUCGCAAGAGGAUUGGCGUGGAAGGGUGACUCACUGUACAGUUGUGGAUGGGACUCGAGGGUUAUUGAAAACAAAAAGCUCUGAACCAAAAAACCUGUGCGAUCAAUUUGCCUUGUUAAGUUGAAUUGAUAAUAAAUGCAAGAAUUAAAAAAAGAAAACCACCUAAAAGAGAACAGUUUCGAUGUAUAAAAAUUAAUUAUUACACAUCAAAUUUAGAAUUCAUAAAAAAAAGAAAAAAAUUUUAAAUAGAAAUCAGGUAGACUUUGUACAUAACUAUUC